AUGGAUGAUCCUUUUGUUUCCCCCACCGAGGUGGUGGUUCCCCGCGAAUCGCAUAGGUAUUCAUCUUUCGAUACGCAAUUGUUCAGCCUGGAUGCAUCUUCGCCAGCACAAGUGAAACGGGCCCUUGAGGCCCAUUUGGCGGAGACAGAGCGCAGACUGGAGGAGGCAUCCAAGUUAGGUACAGCGCUCAUUGAACAGCAGAAGGAGCUCGAGGACAAGUUGAAAGAAGUCGAGCAACACCAAGAAGCGAGCCAGAUCGGACCGGACCUGCAGCGGAAACUCGUGGACCUGGAGAGAGAAUACAGGGAAAUUGGACGAGAGACAGCGCGGGCAUUCCUUGCGCCAAAACGUCUCGCGGGUGGUGAUGAUGGUCAUCUGGGGACCCCCUCACUUGACCAGAAGUCACCACUUAACCCCGCCUUGUUUGCUGGCCAAGCCACCAACUCUCCCAGCAAGGUGAGCGUGCCAUCGCGAAAACAGCGCAACCAACCAUCGAGCCGUGUCCAUGAUAUCGAGUUUGCGACCGAGAUCUCCACCUCCCUUCUAGCCCAGGUUCGUCAGUUGCAGGCACUGCUUGCGGAGCGCGAGGAGGCCCUGAGAACUGUGAACUUGGAGAAGUCAAGGCUUGAAAUCGAGGCAGAGGGGUAUACGCAGCGGAUCCGGGCAUUAGACGAGAGCGAAGAACGUUACAAGGACGAAAACUGGGCGUUGGAGACUCAGACCCGUGAGCUCAUGUCUGCGGUGAAAGAUGCUGCCGAUCGCGAAAGUAGACUCAACAGCAGCCUGGGUGCCGUUACAACGGAAAAGAGCACCCUGGAGCGAGAGUUGGAGGAUCUGAAACAAACCAAUACGAAAUUGAUUGAGGACCAGACGGCGGCACAAAAAGCAAACGACGCUGAGAUCCAUCUCCUGCGCAGGAACUUGACUUCAGGCGAUGCGGAAAGGCUUGCAUUGCAGAAGAAGGUUGAAGAGUUGAACUCCCAGAACGAAGAGCUUGCUAGAGCAGUCGCUAUGCGGCUUCGACAACAAGAAGCGGAGACCGUGCGGGAAGUUCACCGGGAUGAUGACUCUGAUGAGGAUGGUAGAGGGACACCGGAAAAUUCACCGCCGCCAUCGCCCAAUAAGUUCACUCCACGACACAACCAACUGGAGACAGAAACAUUACGGAGUUCCUUGGGCCAUGCUCACCGUAUGAUCCAGAAUCUGAAGAGCACCAUUCACCGCGAGAAAACCGAAAAGAUUGAGCUCAAGCGCAUGUUGCAAGAAGCGCGCGACGAGAUUGAACAGAAACGUCGCGAAGCUGUUGCCCCUGCUGGGCCAUCCAACAAGCGUCAGAAGACCAAGCCCGAUAACACCCGCAAGGCUGCAAGACCAAACCUUCUCGGUGCUGGAAGGAGAGGAAUGACAGAGAUCGAGGAGGUUCAUGAAACAGAUUGGGAAGACCAUGCCACUGACACAAGUCCAUCGCACAAGGCAGCUCUGAGAUCUUAUCGUAGCCGCCCCGAACUGCAGUCUCUAGACGAGCCCAGUGAUGCCUAUCAUACUGCUACUGAAGCAGACGAUGCUUUUGAGACCGCCAACGAGCGGGAGGCGGCCACAGAAAGCGAAGCCUUCCAGACGGGCGUCGAGAGCAUGGCUGAUGACAGUACGGAUACUGAUGAGCUAACUGAAACAGAGGACCGUAUUCAGUUAACACCUCGUGCUCGUGUCUCAUCCCUAACCAUGGCAAAAGCUCGUGACCGGAAAUCCUACCAGAGCACUGCCUCCACUUCAGGGGAAGAAGAUGAGGACUCCGAUGGCAUGUUCCCUUCGCCAAGUCGAACUUCGACUCCUCGGCACCGUCUCAGGAACAAGAGGAGUGUGAUGAGGAGGAUUCGACCUUCUGGAGAGGCUCCAAUGGCCUCCGGUAGUCGACCAUCUAGUUCACGCGAGUCCCCGGCAACCAGCUUCACACAGACACCAGGGGAUUCCGAAGGCCAGAGCCUGUUUGCAGAACUCGCAGAACUUGACGGUGAGGAGGAUGAGGAGGAGUUCGGCCCACCGAUUGAACACGAUGCCGAUUGCACCCCACGUAUCCUUUCGAUGCCUGAUUCGAGAAGAUCAUCCCAGGCCACAUUGAACACCAGACCCAAGCCUGCCAUGGUUGACUCCGGUGUCAUGACUGAUCCUUGGGAACCAAGCAUCCCAGCAGUCGUGAACGACGAGAAUGUCUCGAAUGUGCUUGCAACACCUAAGAAGUCGACGCCGGAUGCCGAUAUUGCUGCUGGCAUGAGGGAGCAACCAGAGUUGGUGCAUGCUGGAACACAAUGGGCCUCCCCUGAGACGUCUUCUGAAGUGAAUGGCGAUCAUCUGUCGAGUGUGCCAGCCACUUCGAAGUUGAUUUCGGAUGCAGACGCGGAGCGGGAGCUCAAUGUUCCCGCAGCUAUACUGCCACAACUCGAAGUUUCUCCUAUCUCUACUCAGGACACCGUUCCUGUAGCGCCUAAGCUCCCUGAGUUGAGUAUGUCAUACGUUGUGGGAGGCUCAACCGAGCCGAUCGCUGCACCCAUUUCCGAACCCGCAGAGAUGACUCUAUCAGCCAUCUCCUUGCAGUAUACAGAACCCGUUUCUGCCAAGCUACCUGAGCCAGAGCCGAAGUACGUACCGGAAGUGGUUGUCUCCUCAAUCUUCUCUGAGGAAACUCAGUCUGUUCCGGCAACGCUUCCUGAGCCCGUGCCUGAGCCUUCAGUCUCCGUGGCAGAGCAGGCAACGAGCACAGACAUUCCACAGCUGGCAUACUCCGCAAUAUUCUCUGAGCAUACCGAGCCUGUUCUGGCGACACUUCCCGAACCCGUUCCAAUACCUGUGCUUGAGCCUGAAGCUCCGGUUUCUGUCACUGAGCGUGCCAUGAGCACUGAGGUUCCGGACCUGGCAGUCUCGACAAUCUUCUCUGAGCAGACUUUGCCUGUAUUGGCGACUCUUCCAGAGCCGGUGCCCGAGCCUUCGGUUUCAGUCGCGGAGCGUGCUAUGAACACUGAAAUCCCUGACCUAGCGGUUUCAACAAUCUUCUCACAGCACACAGAACCUAUUACGGCGAUGCUACCAGAACCAGUUCCAGAGCCGGAGGUGCCAGAUUUGACAGUAACCUUUAUACCACCCGAAUCUACCGAGCCUACUGCACCCAAGGAGCGCGACGUUCCCGUCCCUGCGUCUCCGCAAUUGUCAGUUUCCACGAUCCGCUCCGUCGAAACACUCCCUGUCAAGGUCGCUCCAACUGCGGCUAUCAUUCCCGCAGUCCUGCCAUCAGACGAGAACGCACCGCCCUUGCAAACGAGAGGUGUUAUGGUCGACAAGUCCACUUCAGAGCAUUUGCCAAUUGUGGUUGUCGAAGAUGCAGCGAAUGAUAGCCCUGAUUAUGGCACAGCUCGCCAGAAGAUGGAUGCCCCCUCGCCUCUGAGCGCUAUCUCCGGCAAUGCUGUCCCACGCCAUGCAAGACGGCGAUCAUCAAACCAGGCAGAUCAAGGCGCUCAGACGAUACUGUCUUCUAAGCAAAUCGACCAGAUUCUCAUGGACCGUGUUACGGCCCGGCCUUUAUCUCCCCCCGACAGUGACAAAGCUAAGGAGCAAGGCAAUUCACCCGCUGCCACGCCAAGGGCGCGAUCCCAUCCCCAGCAUCAGUCAUCCGCCGCAUCUCUCAACUGGCGUCCAGGCAGCGCAGCCAGCCAGGCUUCUACUGCCCACAGCCAUCCCCCGUUGCCUACUGAAAAUAAAGAGGCUGUUAUGGCUGCCGAGAAGAAAUCGCUUGAUCAACAACCGGCCACACCGGGUCUCAUGGCGCCCCCUCUUGCUCCAGCUUCCGCUUUCCGUGCUCCACGCCCGCGCACUCCAAAUGAUCCAGCCGCUCAGGUUGGCUCCAUCAGGUCUUCUACCUCGCGGGCCAGGGCGAGGUGCGAAAGCCAGAUGUCUCGGAGGUCUUCGGUCUCAUCGUUUGCAUCCGAGAUCGAUGAGCGGUUUAAUGCACACGCCACUCCGGCUGGUGGGCCUUAUGGCUAUGGCUCCGGCACAGAUCCACGCAUGAUUCAAGCCAUCACCCAGACUAUGAUUGGAGAAUUCCUUUGGAAGUAUACACGUAAAACAGUCUCCGGAGAGAUUUCCAACACUAGGCACCGUCGCUACUUCUGGGUUCAUCCGUAUACCCGCACCUUAUAUUGGAGUGAGCAGGACCCUCAAAGCGCUGGCAAGUCGGAGCGUAAAACCAAGAGCGUUCCUAUUGAAGCCGUGAGAGUUGUCGCCGAUGACAACCCAUACCCUCCCGGUCUUCAUUGCAGGAGCUUGGAAGUUGUCAGCCCUGGUCGCCGGAUCAGAUUCACCGCGACUACUAGCCAGAGGCACGAGACCUGGUUCAAUGCACUCUCGUAUCUCUUGCUGCGGUCGGAAAAUGGCGAGGAGACCAAUGAUCUGGAAGAUAUUGAUGAAUUCAACCCGGGCGGGUUCUGCCCUCUCUCUGCGCCGCACAGGGACCCCCGGUCGCGCUUCUCCGGCUCUGAGCACACCGUCUCACUAUUCCGAUCAAAGGAACAAUUCCACGUCUCGACUCAGUACCAUUCUCAAUACUACGCUCAAGGGCUCUUUCGGCCGAAAGGGCCUCCCUGGCUAUGCGACAUCUAG